AUGAGCACUCCUCCUACUCAGAACCUACCCCCUUACCAAUUUGAACCCCGUCACCCCCCGGACCGAUUCCCUCUUCCCUAUACCCCAGACCCCUCUGCUAGUCUCCCACUACCACCAGACCGGUCAGCCCUGGUCCGGGAUAUUGUUUCCCUUUAUGCUGGAAACCCUAGUGAAUCCGCGAUGCGGCAUUAUCACGAAAACAGCAUCUACGAUGACCCGUUCAGCUUCUGUGACACGCGGUACAAAAUUGCCGGGCAAUGGUAUGGACUGCCGAAAGCUUUCAAGAGCUUGAACCCCAAGGCAUAUGAGGUAGUAGCGAAUGAGAAGGAUGAGAUUGUGUUUAAACUCAGGCAAGAAUACACGUUUAAGCUGGUGAAUAUUACAAAGGUGGUCGACUCUCUGAUUACGUUGAAGCUGGACCCAGGUGAGGAAAAACCUAUAAUAAGGUAUCAUAAGGACCAAUGGGACGAGAAGGAUUAUGACCAUGAAGGGUUGGGACAUGUUUUCAAGGAGUUGAAUGGAAAUCAUCUACCAAAAGUAACAGAACCACCGGAGAGUUUGAAAGGCUCUGGGGAUGCUUAG